UGUAGUUAUCAUAUUAUGAAACAAAUAUCAUUCAUAUGUAUAGCUCCUCACAAAUGUUAAAGUUAAAGGAAACUGUGUGCUGAAUGCCUUUAAGAUCAUGGGGUGGAUGUUGUUAAACAAACCGUACCAAUGGAUAGAUUACCAAUGAUUAUAAAGAAACUAAGAGAAUCUAAAUUAGAUGAAACAUUGGAAUUAAUCAACUAGAGAAUGAAUUUUAGAUCCAUGAUCUCUCAAAUUGAAAGUAUGAUGAAAAAAGUUUGUGAUGAUUUAAUAGAAUCAAUCAACUAAAUUUAUGAUAUGAUGGAACAGGAAAAUAAAUCAUAUAUUAAUUUUAUCAAUGAAAACAUAAAUCUAGAAGAAUCCUCUAAUACUGAGUUAGAAACAUUAAUAGAAAUUUUAGAAAGAAACAAAUUAAAUUUAUGUAAUGAUUAGAAUAAAAUGAAUUUGAUAAAGUUGGAAAAGGUAAAAAAUUGGUUGUGUUAAGAAGUGAUGGUUUUUAAUGAAAAGGCAAAAAAUGAAUUGAAUUAAUUCCUUUUAAUUUUUUAAUCUAAGCUUUAAUCAGAGAUUGUUUAAGAAUUGACACCUUUAAUCAAAUCUAAUAUUAGACAUCAAGUUCAAUAAUAAUCAUAUUAAGAAGAUUAAAAUUAAUAAAUCAAAUCAUAAUUAAAAGAACAAUAAAAUUAACUGAUUGAAUCAGUAUCUUAAUUCAAAAUCAAACCCUUUACUUAUAAGGUAAUUGAAG